GGGCUGUCGAAAGCGGCACUACCGUUGUGUUGCGGCGGCCGGGGUGUUGCGGCAAUUACCGGGGUGUUGCGGCGGUGACCUGGGUGUUAUGGUGGUGGUCGGAUUUGCCAAUUUCGAACUUCUAUUUCAUAUUUUUACAACGCCACAGGUACUCUGCAAAACGUUUGAAGAAACCAGAUCCAAAACCAAACUUGCAAACACGGGACAAUACAUAGACAUUAAGUGGUCAGUAAACAGACAAUAAGUUCUAAUAAUAGUUCAAUAGCAGGCAAUACAUAGACAUUAAGUAGUCAUUAAACAGACAAUAAAUUUUGAUAAUAGCUCAAUAGCAGAGCAGGUCACGUAAAACAGUAAGUGAAGGGUAAAAUUGGAUGUUUAAAAUCCAGUUUUCAAAAAUAGAACUACAUGGCUCUUACGCAAGGAAAAAACGUACGUAGGUCCCAAUUUUAAAAAGGAGCUAUGAUUUGAUCCUACCAAGUGCAAAUUUCUGGCGGAAAUAAAGAUUUAACUCAUGUAACAUGUGUCGUUAUAGAUAAUUCAGUAAUUCUAAUAGAAAAUAUCAAUUAUGCUAUUAGUAACUCAUUUAGUAGAUAGGGAAAAUAAAUGUUUUGGGUUUUGUCUCUUUGAAGGGAGUGUUGUUGAUGUUAAAUUUUGUUAAUGGAUAAUAAUAAAACUAACCCUCAAUCACAUAGAAUAAAUCAAAGAUGCCUUGAUUUUUCGCAUGGUCUAAGUCUCCUUCUUGCUGCAAAAUCAUCACCGUUUCCUUGAGAUAAAACCAAAUAUAUAAAAGUCGGACUCCAUUUGUCCUGUUCUCUCUAGAUAUGUUGGAUCUUGUUUUGACUCGUAUGAUUAUGGGUUCUCCUUUCUUGACAAGCUUAAGAAAGCAAACCUCUAUGUUAGCUUUUGUUUGCAAAUUUUAAAAGCUAUCAAGUGGUUUGCUUGAUGAUGGAUGAGAUCUUUGGUAUACAAUCAAACUUGUAUAUUAUGUUUUAAUAAAAUUACACCAAAUGGUUAGCAAUAAAUCAUGCAUAGCAAUAUUUUGAAUAUGCUAGAUUAAACAUGUCGUUAUGUUGUAUCCACUUUUCUGCUUUUUUUUUCUUGUUUCUUUUUUUGCUUUUUCUCCACAUUUGAUUUGGAACUGGUUAGUGGUUAUAAAUUAGAAUGCACGUACAGUUUUGCUUCAAUUUAAGAAAUCCUUUAAACUAUGGUGUUUUUACAUAGUACACAAUAAGAUCUUAUUCUUUCUUGAAUGAUUCUUGUUUUAUUUAUCUCUAAUUUAUUUAUAUGUAUGUGUAAAAGUGAAAAUAUCAAUUGUCCUCGAUCACGAUCCAAGUGGCUUCAUGCAAACUUCAGAUUCUUUUAAUCUCAUUUGAAAGUAUAACAUUUGUAUAUAACAUUGGGCAUUUAUCCACUCGCGCAACGCGCGUAUAAAAAACUAGUUACUAUAUAAAAUUAAAACAAUGGAUAUAACUCUCAAUUGUAUAUUUAUGUCAUAAUAAUUACGUAGUACCUAUUAUAAUCUAUCUCUUAAGCAUUUGAGAUAUUCUAACACUCAUUCUAAUUUGUAUCUAGCAGCAUUGAAUUAUGGAGUAAUAGUGAAGAGUACGUUAGGGUGGAAUAAUCCACAACUUUAACUAACACUAUUACAAAUUAAAGAGUUAUUUCAAUUUAAGAAGUACGUAUGUUAUUAAUUGAAACACUUUUUCUCCGUGCAUAAACUCCCUUCGUUCCUAUAUAAAGGUCCCCAACAUACAUAUUUUAGAUACUUUUUGGUAUAUCUCUAGAACUAGAAUGUAGGAGAAAAUGUGUCUAAAAUGAAUGGGGACUUUAAGGGGAAAAAAGCAUGUUAAACACUUUCAUAUAGUUCUAGAUGAGAAAAGCAUUUGAGAUAUACGCAGUACUAAAGGAGUGUUUGGGGUUGCUUAAAAAAAGCACUUUUCAGCUUUUGACUUAAAAAAAGUUAAAAAGAGUGUUUUCAAAUGACAGCUUCUGCUUAAAUUAAUCACUUAAAAGCUAAAAGCUGGAAGCAGGUAGAAGGGUGCUUUAAACAGCUUCUCACUUUUUCUAUUACACAAAAAGUACUUAUUUUACCAAACAUUACCAACUUUUACUUUUUCAGAAUCACUUUUUUCUCAAACACUACCAACUUUUAGUAUUAAUCACUUUUCUCAAAAUCACUUUAAAAAAUCACUUUUUUAAAGUUGAAGCAAUUGCAAACACUCCCUAAAUAUUGUAAGCACUUUUUUGUGUCAUCACUUUUUCUCUUACAUUCUAGUUCAUAGAUAGAUAAAUUCAACUUUUAGUAACUAAUAGCUUAAACUUUCAAGAUUGACCAUGAAUUAACCUCAGCUCCUAUAUACAAGCUGGUAAUAAGGUCUUAACAUAACUAACAAUUCAACAAAGAAUUAUUAUUACUCCCUUCUACGCCCGAGUCAUAUUCUCGUCCAUGUGGUACGUACUUGCAUGGUCUUCCCUUCUCUCAUCUCCUAGACUUACUCAACAUACGACCCCAUAUUUCUUGCCUACUCUUUUGCUUUUGAUCUCUUUGUACGUACGUACUUUCUUCUAGCUUCUUCUUCAAACCCACCCUUUUUCCUUUCUUCUCAAUUCUUCUUCUAAUCUCAUCACUAAUUUCUUUGCUUUCUUGACUUUAUUUAUUGUGUGCUUACUAUAGAUUAAAUAUAACUAUAUAUAUGGACGAAAGGCGAGGUGAUGAACUCUCCUCUUAUCAUUCAGAUGCGCCUCUAAGAACACCCCUUUCCUGUUAUCUUCUCCCGUCCUCGACCUCCUCCUCAUCUUCUGUACUAUCAAUGGAAUCUUUGGUCAACGAAAAGUCUCCGCCACCGACUAUCCAAUUCCCGGUGAGCCACCUCAUAAGCUCCGCGGAGCGCCGCCGCCAAGAUGAUGAAGAAUGGAAGGGUUUAGAUGAAAUGGACUUCUUUGCUGACCAUACCAAGGAUAAUAAUGUCGUUAUCUCCGAUAGCAAGGAAGGUCUACACCGACAGGAACCCGACUUGGAUUUCAGCAUAAAUACUCGCUUGGGCCUUCAUACUGCAAAUAACGCUAACGAUCACUCAAUGGUGGAAGACAGGUUGCCACCUGCCGAUUGCGAGGAAAAUAACAUGAGUGAGCUAGAAGUGGUGAAAGCUGAUCUAGAGAGAAUAAGCAGUGAGAAUCAAGCCCUAAAGAAGAUGUUGCAUCAGGUGACGGACAACUAUAGUAAUCUUCAUAAGCAAAUGAUCACCUUGAUGCAACAACAAAAGAACGACAAUGGAAAACUAUUGAUACAACAAGACAACAACAACAACAAUAAUAGUAAUAACGACUCCUCUGGUAAUGGGGAGCGGCGAAAGUUGAGGCCAAGGCAGUUUGUGGAUCUUUGUUUGGCAACUGGAACAUCAAACGAAGCCGAUGAAACUUAUAAUAACCACUUGCCCCGCGCUGUGGAGAGAGCUUGUAGAUCGUCAGCAUCUGGAGAAGACAGCCCCGAGAAGGGGUCUUCAUCAUCUGGUUGGGGAGCCAACAAGGUUGUGCCGACACUUGAGGAAAGUGGUUGUGAUCAGGCUGCAGCCACCGAGGCAACCAUGAGGAAGGCCCGUGUCUGCGUUAGGGCUCGAUCCGAUUCACCAAUGGUACCUACAGGGCACUUCGAGCCAUGGACUGUGGCUACGGUCUGACAAGAAUAUUUCUGUCAUUAUGGCUUAUUCUGAUGCAGAUUGGGCUGGUUGUCCUGACAGCUCCCGUUCUACUACUGGCUAUGCCAUUUUUCUGGGAUCAAAUUUAAUCUCUUGGCGGUCCAAGAAACAACCCACGGUGUCAAAAUCUUCUACUGAAGCGGAGUACAGGGCCAUAGCCUAUACUGUUCAGGACACUCUUUUUGUUCGCUCACUGUUGGUCGACAUGGGGAUUGUUAUUUCUACUCCUGUUCAGCUACAUUGUGAUAAUGUGUCUGCAUCAUACUUAGUAGUAAAUCCCAUCCAGCAUGAUCGUAGCAAGCAUAUCAAGAUUGACUAUCAUUUUGUCCGAGAACGCGUGGCGCAUGGAGAUCUUGUUGUGAAGUACAUACCCACUCAGUUGCGGCUUGCUGAUAUAUUUACCAAGAAUUUAUCUAGUCAGCGUUUUGAAUUUUUGCGUUCCAAUCUGCGCGUUGUUUCCCCUGCACAGAUUGAGGGGGUGUAAUAAUGUAUUUAUCUAGGGAUUACUUUGUAAUCUUCAGCACUAUGUUUUAUUAUAAAUAUAAGGUCAAGGCACCCAAGAGGGUAAGCCAUUAUUUUCC